GUCAAGCUUCAUUCCAUUCCGCAUCGGCAACAUCUCAUCAGUAUGGCAAACGGGACACCGGUGGCUGAUGUCACUUCCCCAGAACCAACGGUGUCAUUUGAGAGCCAAACCACAGCAGUUGAAGCUGAGAUGGCAGAGGCGCAGAAGAUGAAGUCCGGCCAGAACAUGGGAGAAAGCAGGCAUCCGACCAGCCCAUCGAGAAACACACGUUCGGAAAUGGAGAGAUCAGUACCAACCAUUCCUUCGCGCUAUGCGGUGACCCUGAUCAAGGGCAAUUGCGAGUACAAAGGGUUCAACAGCCGCGCUAUGCGUUUCGAGGUGGAAAGACAAGUCGAUGGUCCUGGCCCUGGAAGUUACGGAGAGCGGAAGACUUUCCAUCAGGAAUUCACAGAAAGACCCGGCUGGGGUGCUCGGGGCACUAGCGGCUUUGCUUCUAAAGCCAGGCGAUUUGGCAUGAGGUCCAUGCCAAGCAUGCCACCACCGGGCCUUGGCUGUCCUGGACCAGGUGCCUACAAUGCUCUUGGCGCGUUGCACAGCACCAAGGAACGCAAGAACUUCAACAAGGCUGGAGCUUCGGCCAACUUCAACCCCUCCAAGAAUGGGCAGAAGGUGCCCCCAAGCAGCCGAUUGCCUGGGCCUGGGCAAUAUGAUCCCAGGAUGCUGCCUACCGCCAGAGAGGCUGCAGCAGCACAAGCUGCCUUCAAUUCAAGCAGCACACGGUUGAAAGGUGACCUUGAGCCUUCAGGAAUUCCAGGGCCUGGAGAAUACUACGAUGGCAUGGCCAGGCCUGUUGGCUACGUGCCGGAAUAUCAUCAGGGCCUAGACAUGCGGAUGCCCACUUUCAAGGAAAGACACCGGCCUCACAUCACUAAGAUUCACCACGACCUUCCGGCAGCUUCUGCAAAGGCCAGAAGCAUCCUGGGAAGCUUUGGGGAUGAGGUGAGCCGCGAAUGCCUUGGGACGCAGGGUUUGCAGGUGGCGCUCCCUGGACCGGGUCACUACGAGCAGGAGCUAAGCUUGGAGAAUUCGGUUUCGUCCGCCCUGAGCCCAAGCGGAGCGCAGUCCGGAGAUUGUUUUGCUUCAAGAGGUUUGUGCAAGUGCUUUCAAAGAUGGACCCAAGCGCACUGACUGGGCACCAGAGGAACUGUCGUGCCUCCCUGGCCCCGGAAAGUACGAGCCAAAGGGACUGCCCAUGGGUCGCCUGACCUCUGCGAAGUCUGCCUUCAUCUCAGCUUCCGAACGCAACAAACUUCAGUUGUCUUCUGUGCCUGGCCCUGCCUACUACAAUCCAUCGCUGCCCAAGCUUCAGAAGUCCUUCCGCUUGAAGUCGGGUACCUUCGUGCUGUGAACAUGCCGUGAAUUCGCUGCAUGAAGCAGGUACCUUCUACAGCAUGUCAUGACCGUC